ACCAAGUACACUGUAAGUAAUUAAGAGUGAGUGGGUCAUGUCAUAUGGUGGGCUUCCUUAGCAGCAGUGACCAGUAGCAGCACUGUGGUCAAUACCAAGUGGCUUGGAACUGACAUUUCAAAUAUGAUUUUAAAGCACUGUGGAAAAUCUAAAAUGGUAGGUCAAAGCCACUGGGGUUAUGGAGUGUCUGUGUGUCUCAAAGCAUGUAUCAGCACAGAAAUCCAUUUGGCCUAGGUGCUGGGGCUGCAGCAAUUGCUCAAUAGAAUUUCUUUCACUACCAAAUUGGGAUCAGUGAAAUAAAAUUUGGGUUUCUAUCUAGGUCUGUUAAAAGCUGGAGAAUGUAGAGUAAUACAGUGGACCCUUGAUUUGCAUGGGAAAUCCAUUCUGAUCCCAUCUGCAUAAAAGAAAUAUCGUGGGACCUCAAGUCCCAUUGUUUUAAAUGGCAGUAUGCUCCUGCGCACUGUGCCAUGCUAUGUGCAUGCCAUUCAUUUAACGGGCUCUCAGUCUGCGAGACAUCAAGUCCAUGUAUGGCGUGGGCAUGAUGUAAUUCACUGGAACCCAAAAUGACAUUUUCUAAAGGGAAAUGGUCAUUGUUUGAAAAAGCACCUUAAAAUGUGAAAGAACUGCUAAUUGAAAUUUACCUAAGAUUUCCGGUUUUGAUUUGCCAUUGUUUUACUGUCUCUUGACAGCUAUCUGGUGGUCAGAAUAUUUCACUACCUCCUGUAAUUCUAGCAAAGCUUGGAGAAGAUCCACUAAAACCCACUGUGUGUUUUUAUGGUCAUGUGGAUGUGAUGCCUGCCAAAACUCAAGAUGGAUGGAAAACCCCUCCCUAUAAUUUGACAGAAAUUGAUGGAGACCUUUUUGGACGUGGAGCAACAGAUGACAAAGGACCUGUCCUAGCCUGGAUAAAUGCAGUGAACGCCUUUAAAGCACUGAACAUAGAUAUACCAGUAAACAUCAAAUUUCUUAUUGAAGGCAUGGAAGAAGCAGGGUCUCUUGGCCUAGAACAACUAGUUGAAAAAGAAAAGGAUUGUUUUUUCUCCAACGUUGACUAUAUUGUGAUUUCGGACAAUAUUUGGCUCAGCACAACAAAGCCAGCUCUUACUUAUGGAACUCGGGGAAAUGCCUGCUUCUCUGUGCAGGUGGAAGGUGGUGAAAAGGAUCUUCAUUCUGGAAGUGUAGGUGGCAUUGUCCAAGAACCCAUGUCUGAUCUGAUAGCCCUACUUGACAGUCUUGUGAAUUCAUGUGGUCAUAUUCUGAUCCCUGGAAUCUAUGAUGAUGUUGUUCCUUUUACGGAAGAGGAAAAAAAGCAAUAUGAGUUAAUAGAAUUUGACUUGAAGGGAUACAAAGCUAACAUUGGUGUAAAGGAAAUUAUUUAUCAUACCAAGGAGGAGAUUUUCUCACACUUGUGGCGCUUACCAUCACUUUCUAUUCACGGGAUCGAAGGAGCAUUUUAUGAACCCGGGAUCAAAACAGUUAUACCAUCAAGAGUCAUAGGAAAAUUUUCAAUCCGGCAAGUCCCUCACAUGGAUCUUAUUAAAGUGGAAUGUCAGGUGAAAAAGUACUUAGAGAACAUAUUCUCUGAACGCAAAAGCUCGAACAAACUGACAGUGUCUAUGCAAAUGGGUGCAAAACCAUGGGUUGCAAAUAUUAAUGAUCCUCAGUAUGAAGCUGCUAAAAAGGCGAUAAAGAAAGUUUUUAACCAGGAUCCAGAUAUGAUCCGGGAUGGUUCAACAAUUCCUAUUGCAAGGAUGUUUCAGGAUAUAACAAAGAAGAGUGUGAUGAUGUUUCCUAUCGGAGCUGCGGAUGAUGGGGAGCACUCCCAGAAAGAGAAAAUAAGCAGGUUCAUGCAUAAGAACAAUUCCAUUGAUCUAACUACAUUAAUGGAACAAAGGUGUUUGCCUCUUUUUUACUGGAGAUUUCAAAGCUCCAUAGACAACUACAGGAAGGUUCCAGCUUGACGAAAAUGACAUGAUCAGAGCAUGAAGCAAAUAACACAUUGUCUGCCUACUGACUUUGUAUUUCUUAGGGGAAUUUUUUCACUUCUGAAUAAACAGGUAUAAAACCUAUGCAAGCACCAUGACUGUUGUACACUGCUACAUUUGCAAUUUUGAAUAUAUUUUUCAUUUAAAUCUAUGUAUUUGAGUAAUUUUCUUAUAUCUUAUUCUAUUGUGGAACAUGAAUAUGCAUCAAUUUUGGUUGUUGUUUGAUAAAGUCUGCCUGCCCAUAACAAUAUUGUACCAUUUAAUUUCAAAAUUAAUCCAUUCCUGUGUCCAGAUACACCCAGCAGGAUAUGGUUUGACAACUACUAUUACUACUACUACUACUACUACUACUUCUUCCUUUGAGUAUUACUCCUGUGUGUGUUUAGGCUCAAUUACAUUUUACCUAUAUAUUUCUCUGCUGAGUAACAGAGUAUAUCUGUUAGAUUCUAUAGUGCCAACUUUUAUACCUCACAGCUCUCUUUUUUCUUCAAUAUUGGUGUACAAUGGUUUUCUAAUUUCCAGCACUACUGGCAAUAAAAGCAUCCUUUCUGACUGUG